ACGCUAUCAGUUGUACAUGUAAAAUUGGAAAAUAACAGUGGUGACAUUCAAAUUUCCCGCUAUUUCUAUUGUUUAUAACCUCGAACUGCAGCAGCUUUCCGCACUCAUCUAUAAGUCUGUUAUUUAUGCCACAAAAUUAACAAUAAUACGACGAGCAAAUAAUUAUAUUUCAUACGUGAUCGACAAUCACACUACUUUAUUUUAAAAACCAUGCGUUCUUUAUAAUUUAUAACAGAAGCAAGACGUGACGGCUGACCAAAAUCAUGGAAACCACAAAAACCAAGUAAAACCCUAAUAAUGGCGGAAGUUCCAUUUUCAGAUGAAGACAGUGGCCCCUCCGUAAAGUAUUUCAGUUCUUCCUCAAGCGGAACAGUGAGUGGAGAACAAGAAUUCAGUUUCAAGUCAGUGUUGGAAGAGAACUUAGUGCCUUUAGAGGAUCAUUACAGCUCUAAAAUCAACGGAAACUCUAUUUAUUCUGAGCAAAUUGAGGAACAAAUAAGUGAAUCGCUUGACCAAUUAUCAACAAAGUUCGCCCAAAACUCUGAAGAAGACAGUGACUCAGAUGACCAGUACCGAAAGAAAGCUCGCGUUGGUAAUCAUUACCAAGCUCGCAUUCCCAAAUAUUUGAGUGAUGUGGGGGAUUAUGGUUGUGAUGAUGAACUCCUGUGGGAUCCGUUUGUUAUGGACGCAGACAGUGUGGAUAAUUUCCUCAGACGAAUAUCAUCAGUAACAAAGCUCCUCAUCCCCAUGGGCAAUCACCUCCGAGAUGAUGAAGAAGCCCUCUACAUCUUACAAAAAAACCGGCAUGAUGUUGAAAGCGCAUUUCAAGCUCUCAGUUCAAAUCUUACUUCCAAAACUGCACAGAGUGUUUGGAGCGAGGAGGAGUGUCGCAAUUUUGAAAAAGGAAUACUAAAUUUUGGGAAAAAUUUUUUUCUUAUACAGAAGUACAGAGUGACGACCCGGCACGUGGGUGAAUUGGUUCAGUUUUAUUAUUUGUGGAAGAAAACUGAGCGCUAUGAUUUGUUUGCCAACAGGAUGAGGGGCGGGAAGAAAAAAUAUACACUUAAUCCAGGAAUUUCUGAUCUCAUGUGUCGGUAUUUGGGACGACAGACAGCGCCAGCUGAGAAUGUGGGGGCUGAUGUGCAAUUUGUGGUGACUGAUAGGAAAGAUGUUCCUCAGGAGAAUUGCCAGUAUUAAUGUGUUAUGAAGAUUAGAUUUGAGAUUUUUUUCAUUGAUUUUGUGUUAUUUUUGAGGCACUCGUGUAAAUACACUUUUUGUUUAUUUUA